UCCAAACACAUUCCAACUCUAUCAUCAUCUUCAUCAUCAUCAUUGUGAAGCCAAUUCCGUCUUUCUCCUUCUCUUCGCCUCACACCAUGAAAUCGCUUCUCCGCCUCGGAAUCGCGUUCCUUCUCCUCCACUCCUGUCUCGCUUCCGACACCCCCUACCCCAAGGCCAUCUCCGACCUGAAGGACGCGAUUGUGAAAGGAUUAGGGUUCAACACAGAGGAUGAAGUCAAGAUUACGGGGUUCGAUCCUCGAGACGCUGAAGUAGGACAUUCCGUGGAGUACCAAUUCGACCUCGAGAUCGAUCACCAGGUUAUUCCCUUCAAGCUCCUCGAAGACGUCAAACGCUGGGACUACGUCGACCUUCCAAUUUUCCGGGCCCAGGCCCAAACCGGCUUGGUCAAGAAGCAGCCUUCGGAAAACCGCCUUCCCGUUUUGGCUCCCUUCAUGCUCGCCGGGCCCAUGGAACUCUGGAUCCAUGAUGCCAACGACAUGAGACUCUCUCUCCCUCAUGACGUGGAAGCUGGUGUUUUGAAGAAAGUGGUUUUGGCGGAGGGAGCGGCGGUCACGGUGAAAGGAGCGAGGUCCGUUAGUCUCCGUCAACCGCUUGAUUUCCCUCUUCCGUUGAACCGAACACAGAACGGUUUCGCUAACGGUCUCUUAACCCUUGCCGAGCAUCUUCGCCAUGCUUCUAGAACCCAGGCUUCUCCGAUCCUCUCCCUGCGAAUCGUUGGUCCCACAUCGCUCACAGCAGCACCUUCCUCCACUUCAACCUCUUUAAAGCUCAAACGUCUCGCGCCUGGGCUCGUGGAAUUGUCGUCGCCUUCUAAAACCAAAGCGGUUGAGGAGAUUCCUAGCGUUGAUAUAGAAAGUGAAGCUCCCACGGUUCUCACGCCGACUCAGUUUACUACAUUGUGGCCUCUGGCUUCGCUUAAUGGGUCGAAUGCGAACUUGUUAGGGUUUGAGAAGCUUUUGCAUACUGUGUUGGGGGCUAAGGCUGAUAAGAAGGGUUCGUUCAGGUUGCUGAAGGCUGAUGUUUCUGCUCAGACGUAUGUGAAGAUUGGUUUUCAGGCGGAGAAGAGGAUUAAGGAAGGGGAAUUGGAUGGUUACUUCCCUGUGUGGAGGACUAAGCCUGAGACGGUGACCACGCACUUUGAGGUGCUGGCAAAGGUUGAUGGGGAUAAGGUUAUACCGGAGAAGGUGAUGCCGGUGCAACCUGUUAUCGCGGUGGAUAAUGUGGCGCCGGAAAUGCUCUCUGGGAAUGUGUCCAUGUCGAAGACACCCGUGGUUCACCCUCCGCCUAACCCCUUCUACUUAUAAUGUGUGGAAAGGGAAGGGGAUUGGUUCAUUUUGUAUGCUUUACAGGAAGAUAUGCAAUUAUAGCACAGUGAAGAGGGAACAAUCUUGUUUUUCAUUUUGGUAUAUACACAACAGAUGUAAAAUUGUAAGUAAUGAGGAAUUUGUUUUAUUUUUCCAUCAUGGAUUUGCUUCUUACCCUAUACAAAUUAACCACUCUAACAAAAAAAAAAAAAA